CCGGCAGCGAACCUACAUUUUCUCUUGCGUCUGCUCUUGAGCGAGAGCCGUCUGCUCUUGAGCGAGAGCGAUCACGCUUAAGCCUGAAGAGGUGAACUGUGACCUGCGUGCGAGCGCCUUGGGGUAAAAUUGUCGUCGUUUUGGCGGUCGGUCUCGGUCCUUUUUACGAUCAACUGUCGACCUCGAGAGUUUUUCGAUUUUUUCGAUUCGAAUUGCUAUCGUAUGGAUGUUCGCUUUGCCGCCUUACGUGAUGCGUAGUCGAGGACAUGACAGACAUCGAAGAGCGAGGAAAUGAGCGUCAUGUCAUCGGAAAAAGGAACCCUUUCUGCUUCCUCGAGUAAAAGAAAACUUACACAGUCAGACAGAUCAGGGGAGCGAAGAGCGCGCAAGAAGACUUGGAGUGGGAGCGGAGAGGCUAAAUCAAAAAUCCUACGAAAGGGUGGCAAUAAUACUGAAAGCAACUGCGCAGAACCUUAAAGCACGAUGACAAACUCCGUACGUUUCGAAAUUGAUCCAGCAAGCUGUUGAGAUGGUUGCUAUCGUGAAAAUUUUUGUUUCAUCUUGUAGUUGUACUUAUUAAAUGUGCUAACCAACAUACUGCCACCGCAUACUGUGCGGAAGAUACACCACAGUAAUGUUUCCUUUCUGUGCGCUCGCCGACCUCAGCGGGCUACUUUUACUCAAGUACUUUAAUUUAUUAUGACAACAUGAGAUGACAUUGACACUUCACAACAAAAAUUGUAGAAAAAGGUGACGAGGAGCUCGAGCACAUCAGGUUGAACUUGUAGUAUCAAAGUAACUAAUUAUAUAUAAGCGAAAACCAACACCAAGAUUGUUCUUGCUGUUGGAAAAAUUUAGUUUCUAGUGAUUCCUUUGAUCGAUGACAGAUGACUUGACUGUAUUACACUAAAAUUAGACACGCACACACUUCGCAUUCGCAUAUUGAGGGAGUAUUUUUUUGAGCUCUAUUAGCAAUUUGGGGGUGAUUAUCAGUAAUCAAUGUCAUAUUUCUUGUUUUCUUCACUGCAACCACUUACUUUCACUAAGACAGAGAACGCCUUAUCCCCUUCUAGUUACAUAAAAAAAAGAAAACGUGUGUAACCUAAAUUCCGUUGAUGGCGAGAUUUUUGCUUAGCGCCUACCAGAGAACAAAGUUUGAAAGAAGGAAUUAGCGUCGCAUUCGUUCCUCUCGGGUUGUCAUUGUGGUAGACCAAUCUGGAUCGGUCGGUGCAACGAUAAUAUCGUAGCUACCGAACGCCUUUUCAAAAAUAUUAUCACUUCCAGCUGCGAACACGAAGGGCGCCUUUCUCCUAGAGAACGAAGUAAGAAAGACGACAGUGCCUUGUACAUCUUGAAGAGGUCUUCCCCCUGAUCAACAUCUUCUUGCUGUGCGGCGCCAGAUCGCGGUCAAGAUUUGAAAAAGACGACCCUUAUUUUGUCUUCGCUGGAGCUAGCCUCGGACGUUGCCUUCUCUGGUACUACUACAGCCUCCGUCCUCCCUCCACGAACUACGUCCAGUCCAUUGACGAGGCAAAAUGGUGAUUCCAAUGCCUAGCGUCGCUGUUGCGGCGUACCCGUCAGACAAGGCCAUGAGAUACAGGAACAUCUUUUUCGCGCUUUCAAUACUCAUAUCGGCCGCCGCUGCUGUACAGGUAGCAGAACCUGAGGCCUAAUUUUGAUGUCUGGUUUAACACCUCUUUUCACAUUCACUCUCAGAUGAAAAUGUAUAUUCUUUUCGCACAACUACAGCUAGACCUAGAUUUUUAAUGAAAAAAUCGUGAAGGUUCCACUUCCAUCAACUUACUACUUCAUGAUCUUCCAAGUUUAUACCCACACAUAGAUGUUCGUUAUGAAGGAGAUUAUGAACGGAUUCAUGAUGGGCCUUAUAGGAGUCUGCGGAUUCUAUUGCCUUCGGGAUCAAUCAGUGGAUAUGCAGUGCCUCAUGAGCUGGGGGAUAAUAUGCUGUACUUGAUGUUGCCUCUUCUAUUCAUUUACACAUUUAUCACGAAAAUUAUUGUAUGCACGGUAUUUCUUGUAAACGCACCAGGAACUGUUUCAUCUUGCCAGUGAUGAGGAAUAGUCACUAGAGAUGCACACAUGACAUGUCCUGUAAAACUAGGCUUGACAAUAUUGGUCAUGGCUUUUGCCUUUCCCUUUGAUAGACGAGCGACGGGUUAUGCGUAAGGCCGUACCUGUUUCUUUUUUUACAUGUGUAGCGGCACAACAUGUAAAAAAAGUGUGAUCAACACGACCUUGUGCUUCACUUUUUCCACGUCCUCGAAAAACAAAUCGUACCAGUUAUUAACGGCAUUCUCGAAGUGGUGAAAUUCAUAGACCGAGUGGUGCACCUGCCGCCAGGCGUGGAGGUUUUUAGCACCGAUAACGGAUUCGAGAGCAAUUUCAUAAUGGUGAUACUAAUCCUGGGUAUGAUCUCGAUGCUCGUAGUGUCUAUACUGGCUUACAACGUCUAUUCGGACCAGGAUCUCUUCGGCUCAGGCGGCGAUGACAGCUCAAGAUGGGGUGGACGUACUUAUUCACCACAUCAUUGUGAGUUCUUCAGAAAAAGAAAUCAUGUAAAACACACUAGUAGAUAUUUGAAGUCCUCAAUCUGUCUAAAUGACUUUGCCUUAGAUAGCUUUGACGACUCUGUUACUGUUUUCUUCCUCCAGAACCUAUUCCUACGUAGAAGAACGAUGAGGCUGGUGUGGCUGCUCAUCAUAUUCUUCAACUUGCUUCCAACCCUUUACUCCACAGCCCGUCAGUCGCCAAGAAAUAGCAGCUAUGGAGCGGUUCAAAAUUUUGGUGGAGGUACACUUGGAUCGUCGCCUGCGGCACCGGCUCAAUCGCAGAACUUUCAGCCAUUCCAAGGCAAAGGCAAUGUUUUAGGGGCAUAAACUGGAGCAUCUGGUGCUGCUUGUGAAUAUUUUUCUUGCCGCCCCGCACAGCUUGGUCGUCUAUUGAGAAUGAUGAUAUAUAUCGCUGAGCCUUAACCUUACAUUUACGACCGAGCUGCGCAUCGGUUUCAAUCCGCACCAAAAAUCUUCUUCUUCUUUCUAAUAAAGUAACUCUACAUACAAGGAAGGAGAACAACAUCAAGUCAGAAAAAAACAUGAAAAUUCUGCAUGGGACGAAGUUUGUUGGAACAAAUUACCUCGAUGAAGGUCUUGCCUUCAAAGCAAGGACGGGAAAAAUCAUUAACCACAAACAUGCAGCAUAUGCAUUAAAAUAU